AUGCUGGCUGUGCGAUGCCUGGUGCGGCUCUAUGAGAUGCCGCCCGAGUAUGGCCAAAUCUCGGCCUUUGACACCCACGGCAGCACCAUCUUCGUCGGCACCGACCAUGGCGUCCUCCUGAAGCUUGCCGUCGAGGGUGCAUCCUUGUCGGAUACAGCACAGCAGACGACACAAAAUAUUACUUCUAGCAAAGCCGGUCCGGACAGCAACGGCCGUGCACAUAACUUGGCGACACAUGAUGCAGCGUAUAUGCCGAUGUUCGCCUCUUCGGAAGCCUCCGAGAAAAUUCACACCACACUUGUGCGUUUCACUCUGCUGUCAGCGAUGAAAAAGAAAAUUGAGCGUCUCCAGCACAGUCGCACACAUACUCUUCUAUUUGUGUUGUAUGAGCAUCGCCUUGUUGUGCUGAACUCUGUUAGUUUUUCCCAUCUCCAAACGAUUGCUGAACAUGUUGGAACGUUCUUUGUUUCAGAUUCUCAGUCGAACAGUCCUCAACGCGCGGGUCUUCAUGUGGUGUGUGCAUCCGAGUUGAAUGGUAAAGGACUUAGCGUAUUUGAAUUUGAUGCAUCCCGGGGCGAAAGCGCACGGGCCAUUCUCGCACAGGAGCUUGUGCUCCCUGAACCAGUUCAGACCCUUGUUACUUAUGGCAGCAUCGCCUGCGUUGGUAUGCGGCGCGAGUAUAGUCUUCUUUCCCUCUCAGAUGGGAGCUCUUGUGGUGUUCUUCCUCUUGGUGGAGAAAAACAGCCGCUGUUGGCAGCCGGUGACGGCGAAGUGUUUAUGCGUCACAAUCAUUCCAUUUUUUCCGUGUCGAUGCGCUCAAUGCCGUCUGGGAGAGUCAUGGGAAGGACUAUUCGGCUGAAGGACGAGGCGCUUUCUUUUGUUGUCCGCCAUCCGUUUCUUUUUGUGUUCACGGAGCAUUACUGCGAUGUGUUCUCACUCUACGACGAUGACAUGUCUGGGAGGCUGAUGCUGCCUGGGUGUUUGUUUAGCUCCCAGUUAGGACGCGGCGACUUUCUGUACGCGGCCAGCAAGAAAAAGAUUUGGAUGGCCAGCCUGCACUCGCUGCGUCACCAACUGGCGAACCUUGUGGAAUAUUUUAAGGUAGAAGAGGCGUUUCACUUGUUGGGCAGCCAGCGGGCAAUAGGCACACUGGACUUGCAGGGGAUUGAGUUGGAGCUGCACAUCAUGGCGGGAUUUGCCUACCUGCACCACUGUCGUCCGAAAGAGGCGGUGCUGCAUUUUAAUGAUCACAUUGAUCCGAGAGAUCUAUUGCUGUCACUUCUCGAGUGCAUCCCACCCGGCCCUGAGGAGUACAGUCCCGAACUGCGAGCCCUGCUGGAAAGGAAGCAUGUGAAGAAAGACACGAGUGCUACCCCAAAGGCGGGACGCUCAACUACUUUAAAGGCCGGAGUCGCAUCCACACAUGAUGAAAGCUAUGAGAAUAGUGAUAAUGACGAUAAGGAUGGCGUUGACAACUACUGGGCUGAGUGGGAAGGACGCUGUCCCUACAACACAUAUGCUGGGGAACUUCACCAUGCUUGGCUUGAGACAUUUGAAACGUUUCCGCUUGUGCCAAGGAACAAUGACAAUGUGGAUGAAUCCACAUACCGCCAGGUUACGGAAUGGGGUGCUGUCACCGCAACGGAUUUUCUUGAACAUGCGUGGGAAUUAUUUAAGGAUGAGAUUGUUCUGUACUUUCGUUUCCGCCUAAGUCAGGCUUCGGAUGUCUACGCGCGAGCGAUGGAGUACGCCCUGCUGGUACUUGCCCUUGAAGCACAAGAUCAUCGAGCGGCGUAUCGAAUUGUUGCAUACGGCUCAUCGAUCCGUCUAGAAGACUGUUAUGACUUACUUUCCUCCCUGCGGGAAUACCGCCUGCUGGCAUGUUUAUUGUUUCGCCGUGGAUAUUUCCAGGAGGCGAAUUCGGUAUUAAUAUCGCGUGUGCACGUCUCCAGUAUUUUGCCAUCUUUAGAGGGUAAUUCGCCAGACGCCACGGGAGUAAUUUCUCCGGCCUACAAGAUCUUGCCAGAGGUGAUGCAUGUGCACUUGGACCGACUCUUGAAUGCUCCCCUAAAGUCACCCUGUAUGAAUGCAAUGCGGCAUUCGACACAUGAGAAAAGAGUCUCAUUAAAUAUGACGCCAACAACCACGGUGCUUCCCGCUUCCCUUACAGAAGCGAUGUACCUGGUAAGCAAGCUCAAUUUGUCAGCGCUGCGGGAACUGCUUCAUGAGAGUCCUGAGGUCUCAUGGACACUGGAUGAAGAAGGCUGUUCUUUGCUUCAUGUCCUUUUUAGCCUUUUGGUUUUGUUGGAGACGUCUGAACAAGAUAUGACGCCAGAAGGCAAAAGCGCAUUACUGAAUCUUGUCUUAUCUUGUGCGAUAUUAUUGUUGGAUUAUGGUGCCCCCGUGGCAAUAUUGAAUGCACAGGGACUUAGUUGCUUGGAUGUGGUUGCUCUGGUGGCCGAUGAUGCUUUACUAGAUAUCAUUCUGACAGCACUGCUUGCCGACAACGAUUUGAAGGAAAUUGCUGAUGCUGUCGAAAAGGGGAAUACAAUGCCGACUCCCUGA